GGUUAUCUGCAAGGUAAAGACUAGAGAGAUAUUAAAGGUCAAAGGAACAAGAGAACAGAAGAGGAGCAGGGAAGAGAGAGAUGGGAAGAGAGAGUAGUAAUGAAUGGGAGGAUGAACCUCUAACACCGGCGGGGAGGCUGUUCGCGCAACCGGAGAUGAGGCAAAUAAUCCACUGCGUAGUUGGAACCAAGAACCCUUUCGACAUCGACUCCGUCAAAUCUGAGCUCCGGAAGUCCGCCAUGCUCCAACACCCGCGGUUCACCAGUCUCUUAGUCCGCGACCACCGCGGCAGGGAGCACUGGCGCCCCACCCAAGUUGACAUCGAGCGCCACGUCCUCAUCAUCGACCGCCCUCUCUCCGACGCCGACCACGACUCAGCCGUCAACUCCUAUCUUGCCGAUUUGUCAACGGAGGGACUCAGCAUGGAGAAACCCUUGUGGGAACUCCACAUCCUGAUGGCUCACAAUUGCGCCAUCUUCCGAAUCCACCACUCCCUUGGCGACGGCAUCUCCUUGAUGUCUAUGCUCCUCGCCUGCUGUAGGAAGCUCCACGAUCCACACUCUGUCCCCACCAUAGCCUCUUCUUCUUCUUCUUCUUCUUCUUCUUCUUCCUCCUCUCGCUCUCGCAACACCACCUGGCCGAAUAUUCUUUGGAAUCUUGCGGUUACCUUCUGGUUUUGCUUGGUCUUUGCCCUAGAGUUCAUCCUGCGGUGUCUGUGUGUUCGUGACCGCAAAACUCCGCUCAGCGGCGGCGCCGGCGUUGAGUUGUGGCCCAGGAAGAUUGCUACUGCCUCCUUUUCCCUCCAAGACAUGAAGACCGUCAAGACGGCUGUUCCCACUGCGACCAUAAAUGAUGUUCUAUUUGCUGUUAUAUCAUCUGGGAUAUCAAGAUAUUUGGAUUUCCGAGCACCCAAUGGGGUGCAAGAGGGGAUUCAGCUAACAGGUUUAGCUAUGGUUAAUCUGAGAAAACAGCCAGGACUGCAGGAACUAUCCAAUCUGAUGAAAAGCAAUUCAGGAGCAAGGUGGGGUAACAAAUUCGGUAUGCUUCUCCUGCCUGUAUAUUAUCACAGAAGCAACAAUUCAGAUCCUCUAGCAUAUCUCAAGAGAGCUAAAGCAAUGAUCGACCGAAAGAAACAGUCUUUGGAGGCCCAUUUCUCAUACAAAGUUGGAGAUUUAGUAAUGUCAACUCUUGGUCCAAAGUUUGCUAGCUGGCUAAAUUACCGGAUUCUCUGUAACACUACCUUCACAAUCUCAAACGUGGUCGGACCGCAAGAAGAUAUCAUGAUGGUAGAAAAUCCAGUAACAUACUUGCGGGCAAAUAAUUCUGCCUUGCCUCAUGCACUCAUUUUGAAUAUGGUGAGCUAUGCCGGACGGGCAGACAUGCAAGUUCAGGUAGCCAAAGACAUUAUUCCCGACCCAGAGUUUCUUGCCAAGUGCUUUGAAGAUGCUUUACUCGAAAUGAAGGAGCAGGUUACGGCCAAAAUCUAAGAUGCAAAUUAGUCGCUUUUGUAAUUUGUUGAAUUUGUCAGCAAAUGCAGACCUUGUGAUGGAUAUAUAAUAAUAUAAAUACGAAAAAAUAUAUAUAUGACAAAAUACAUGACAAAGAAUGAAUUGUUUUUCUUA